UUCCUUCAUAUCAUAAAGAGCUUUAACGACGCGUGAAAUUGAAUCAUUUAUUAAAGAAUAUCUUUCUUUCCUGUACAUUCAGCAAUAAUUAAAGCAUUGCAUUUACAGCAAAGUUCUGCUGUACGGCAGCACGACAGAAUGAGAAUAAUUAUAGUUUUAUCUGUAAUUCUUGCUUCCGCCGAAUGCCACCCGAAACGAACCAGUCGAUCAACACAUCGGUCACCAGGUGUCGGCUGUGAACAGACCUGUAGACGGUACGGUUAUACACCAGUCUGUUCAGAUCAACAUGAAAAUUUCGACAAUGAAUGUUUUCUGGAUUGCAACUGGAAAUAUAAAGGCUGUGAUGGUACGUGCCCCUGUAGACCAAGCAGAUCUGAUCAAGGAAGACAACAUGCAAGGGUAGAACGCCCACCAGACAGAAACAGAAACAGAUAUAGUCCUACACAAGCUCCACAAUAUAGACCAACACAACCACCACAGUAUAGACCAACACAACCACCACAAUACAGACCAGAACCAUCACCACCGCCGUACAGACCAGAACCUCCACCACAAUACAGACCAGAACCAUCACCACCGCCGUACAGACCAGAACCUCCACCACAAUACAGACCGGAACCACCGCCACAAUACAGACCAGAACCUCCACCACAAUAUAGACCGGAACCACCGCCACAUUACAGACCAGAACCAGCACCACAAUACAAUCCUGAACCACCGCCGCAAUACAGACCUGAACCACCACCACAAUAUAGACCGGAACCACCGCCACAAUACAGACCAGAACCAGCACCACAAUACAAUCCCGAACCACCGCCGCAAUACAGACCUGAACCACCACCACAAUACAGACCGGAACCAACACCACCGCCGUACAGACCAGAACCUCCACCACAAUACAGACCAGAACCACCGCCACAAUACAGACCAGAACCUCCACCACAAUAUAGACCGGAACCACCGCCACAAUACAGACCAGAACCAGCACCACAAUACAAUCCUGAACCACCGCCGCAAUACAGACCGGAACCACCACCACAAUACAGACCUGAACCACCACCACAAUAUAAACCGGAAGGACCUCCACAGUACAGACCUGAUCCACCAACGCAGUACAGACCUGAACCACCACCACAAUACAAACCAGAUUCACAACCACAAUAUCAACCUGAACCACCACCGCAAUACAAACCUGAACCACCGGUACAAUACAGACCGGAACAACCACCGCCAUCCAGACCUGAACCACCGGUACAAUACAGACCGGAACCACCACCGCCAUCCAGACCUGAACCACCACCGCAAUACAAACCUGAAUCACCGGUUCAAUUUAGGCCUGAACCAAAAACACUUUCAAAGCCAGAUCCCAUUGCGCAAUACAGACCAGAACCUCCACCACAAUAUAGACCGGAACCACCGCCACAAUACAUACCUGAACCAACACCGCAAUUAAACCCAGAACCUACGCAAUAUAGACCGCAACCAAUUCAACCAAUACUGCAAUCACAACCAAAACAGAAUCAAAUUCAACAACACAAACCUGAACUAACGCAAUUCAUUCCUCCACCACCACCAACACAACCACCAACACCACCACCACAGAUCAAACAUGAACCUACCCCUCCGCCGGUGUUUGACCCCAUACCACAGAGCAUACCGGACCUCCAACCUCAAUUUCUGCCAGAACCUGUAGCACAAAAUACCAAUCAACAACAGCAACAGGUACAACAACAAAUUCAACAGAUACAACAACAGUUACAACAACAAUUACAACAACAGAUACAACAACAGAUACAACAACAGAUACAACAAAAACCAGACAUGCAAGCCAAAAAUAACAACAAUAAUAUGCCUAACAACAAUAAUAUGCCUAACAACAAUAAUAUGCAUAACAACAAUAAUAGGCAUAAUAACAACAACAACAAGCAAUCUGGUUCUAGGCCAUUCUUUUGUGUGUGUGAUGGAAGCCCAGAUCCAGUAUGUACCAAUGAAGGAACGGAAACAAACGAUUGUUUAGCUUCGUGCAAGAAUAAAGUUGUUUUAUACGACGGUCCAUGUUUCCCGAUGGUGUGAAAAGAAAGGACUAAAUCAGGGUGUUUUACUGACCGUCUUUCUUGUGCUGUUUUAAAGAACUUUAUACCGGUAGCUAAUGUUCUUUCGGUAGUUCAAUUUAGCCAGGUGUUAAAGACCCAUAGAUAUUCUGUUUGUACUUUUUUUAAAAAGAAAGUUAUAUGAGCCGCGCCAUGACAAAACCAAAGUAAUGCGUUUGCGACCA